UUAAAUCAAGAAAAUAAAAUGAAAAUAAAAACUAUAGUGUUGUGUUAUCAUAUCUGCAUGACACCAAAUCAAAGAGUGUUCAAAAUCUGUCAUUUAAAACAAAAGAAACUGUAGUAUCAUCAACAAUUUCAUUCAGAAACUGAAAUCUAAUGCCCCAUGGGGUUUGAUAUUAACCUUUUUUCUGUUCUUUCUUAUUAGUUUCGCUUCAUCGUCGUCGUUUUUCUUCUGUUUUCGUUGCUGUUUAAUUAGGGUUUGAGUUCAAGAAACUUGAAUUUGCAUGUGGGGCUGUGUUUGUUUGUUUGUUUGUUUGUUGAGUAUAAAUUGGUUUGCGCAGAGUGAAUUAAUUAGAACAAGAAGCUGAAGAACAAGAAAUUUACUGGUAGUUGAAUUGAAAAAAAAAUGGCUACUUCUUCUUCAUCAGUACCGUUCUUCGGAAUUAGAGACGAAGAUCAAAAUCCGAUGAAACAACAACAUUCUUCGACACCAACUUCAUCUUCAGCUCAAGCUCAAGCUCAACCGGCGCAGAAGAAACGAAGAAACCAACCCGGUACACCAAAUCCAGACGCAGAGGUGAUAGCACUAUCUCCCAAGACCCUAAUGGCAACAAACAGGUUCAUUUGUGAGGUAUGCAACAAAGGGUUUCAAAGGGAGCAAAAUCUACAGCUACACAGAAGAGGACAUAAUUUGCCUUGGAAGCUUAAGCAGAAGACUACAAAAGAAGUGCGGAGGAAGGUUUAUUUAUGCCCCGAGCCCACUUGUGUUCACCAUGAGCCUUCUAGGGCUCUCGGCGACCUCACCGGAAUCAAGAAACAUUACUCAAGAAAACACGGCGAGAAAAAAUGGAAGUGCGAGAAGUGUUCGAAGCGUUAUGCUGUUCAAUCGGAUUGGAAAGCUCACUCGAAAACUUGUGGCACUCGUGAAUAUAGAUGUGACUGUGGUACUCUUUUCUCAAGGCGUGACAGUUUUAUCACUCAUAGAGCCUUUUGCGAUGCAUUGGCGCAAGAGAGUGCUAGAAAUCCUGCAUCUACAUUGAACACAAUUGGCAGCCAUUUGUAUGGAAGUAGUAGCAACAUGAGCUUAGGUUUAUCUCAAGUGGGUACGCAGCUUUCUUCAAUGCAAGACCAAUCUACUGAUAUUCUACGCCUCGGAGGAGCCGGCCGGACCGGACAAUUCGAUCAUCUCCUUCCUCCAUCAAUGGGUGGCGGUUCAGCAUCGUUUCGACCCCCACCGCCUCCACAGCCGCCACAGUCUAUGCCCUCACCUGCUUUUUUCAUGCAAGAACCGAAUCAGAAUUACCAUGAUGAACACCAACUCCAAAACAAACCGUUUCAUCAUGGAUUAAUGCAAUUCGCUGAUCUCCAUAGCGCGGCGAGCCCUAAUCCACCCGGUUCGAAUAUGUUCAACCUCAGCUUCCUCUCAAAUAGUAGCACCACAAGCAGCAAUAUUACGAAUAGCAACAACUCGAACAACAAUCUAUUAAUGUCGAACCAUUUCGCCAACCAAAAUGGCGCCACCGCGGGCGGCGGAGAUGGUUCGAGUAUGUUUUCAAUGGGUGAUCAUCAUCAUCAUCAAAUGAACUCAGGUCACGUACCAUCUCUUUUUACAUCAUCAGUUCAAAAUGAGAAUAUAGUACCGCACAUGUCAGCAACUGCACUACUUCAAAAAGCUGCACAAAUGGGCUCUACUUCAAGUACUAACAGUGCAUCACUGCUACGAAGCUUCGGUAGCUCAUCGUCAUCAAGCGGAAUGAAGUCAGCAGCCGCCGCAGCGGCGGCGGCAAACUACGGUGGAAUGUUCAAUGAAGCGGAUCAAAACAAUCUUCAUGACCUAAUGAACUCAUAUGCUGGAAACUCUUCAAUUUUCGGACAUGGACAAGAAAACCCUUAUAAUGGUGGCAAUUUAGAAGAACCAAAAAUGCACCAGGGUUUGAACGUGAGCAUGGGCGGGUCUGAUAGACUGACCCGAGACUUUCUUGGAGUGGGUCAAAUAGUUCGAAGUAUGAGCGGCGGGUUUUCACAAAGAGACAAACAGCAACAGCCACCGCAACAGCAGCAGCAACAUGGCAUAGACAUGGGUGGUUCUUCAUUGGAAUCAGAGAGAAAUAUGGCGGCUGCAGCGGCGACGGCGGCGCCAACAGGUGGAUCUUUUGUAGGAAGUGGAGGUUUUCAGUGAGGAAAAGAAACAAAAAGGAUAAAUCGGCGGUGGAGGUGGAAAAAAGAUGAGAAAAAGUACUGGCAAGACAUGAAUUUUCAAUUGGAGACAGAAUGUAGUAACUCAAAAAUAGCCAUGAAGUUUUUUUUAUAUCAGACGGCUGAAAUUUUCUUUAAGCAAUUUGUUCUUGUUGUUGAUGAUCAACUGUACUUAGGAGUUUGAUCAAAUUUAAUAUUUUGGAUAGUGACUUUAGGUGCAGCCUGUUUUGGAAUUCAUAUUUUUUGCUUUCUGUUGUUUUUAUUUUUUUACCCUAGUUUGUUACAGUUAUAUAGAAACAAAUUUCAGAAACUUUCACAUA